CGCCGACACUCUCACGCGUCUAACCCUCCCUCCCCUGUCUAACGAACUUCACAGAUCGGCAAACCCUCUCACCAGCAAAACGGAGAUCCGCGUUUAGUUGAGCAAAAAAACUACGGCCGGUUGAGAAAAAACACCAUAGCAUACCGCCGAGCCAUGUUGUGAAGGACAGAUAUCCAUCUCAAAGUGAAGGACAGAUCCAGAGCAACGCCGCGUGAACGCCGGAAGCCCGGAGCUUUCACCGACGGAGAGGGAACAACACCAAUCGUCAAAUGAUUCACAGGGAGUAAAAAAUGACUUUGUGAGAUUGGGAACAUGGAAGGGAACACACAGACACCAGCGGAAGUGCAUUUGAAUGGAGCAAGAAACACCAACACAAAGAUACAAAAGGAGAAUAACACAGCAGAGUCAAUGCUACAGUUUGGAGGUAACGAAACACAUUCCUAUUAUUUCACAUGUUUGUAUAGAAUAUGAAAACCACAAAUUCUUUAUUAACACUCAAAAAUUAUUGCAAACAUAUGGGAGGAAAUGGAUUAUCUGCAAGAAGACAUUCAAAGCAGGGAUUAUGGACAGGGCAGCAAACAUGAAGGAAAGGACUGAAUUAUCUGAUGAGGAAGAACCAAACGAAGAAGAAAGGCAGCACACUCAAGUGCAGAGAAGACUGUAUUUCAAUGUUGAACCACACACUCAGAAAAAAUCUCCUUGUUGAUGAUUUCUGGUGAUGAUUCAAACAGGGGACUGCGCGGAACUGCCUCGGGAUCACCCAGAAAUAGGCUCGUUGCUAAUGAAAUAUGUUUGUGCAGGAUUUUUUUUUCCCUAUUUUAUCAUUGGUCUGUAAAUCUAAUAAGUAGACAUAGAAUAGAUUAAGGGCAGGACACCUGACUCCGAAAAACGGCAACAGGUACGCCACUCCAUUCACACCCUCCAUUUGAAUCUCGUUAUAGAACAUUGUCAUUAUUUGCACUGCAUUACACACUACCCACAAACCACAAGUAUUUCCCAUAGAAGUCCAGCGCAUAACAGUCCAUGGGUAUAUCUAAACAUAAUAUCUUAUAUAGAUGCAUCAGCAGUACAUAUGAUUAGCAUAUUGUUAUGCCUGAGUUAUUAGACUAAAACCAUUGAUAAGAGGCCAACAUUUGCCAACACCAGGCCCUGAAGGGCAGAAAAUAGGUGGCCAAAGUUGCCUUUAUUGUACACAGCCGGAAAUCUAACAAAGUCACACAUUACACAGUAACACAUAAUAGUCACACAUAACUUAAUCACACACAACAUAGGGCUAGGCACUAUCUUUAUUCCUUUUUCACCCCCUUGAGCUUUUUCCCAGAUGUUGAAGUAGAGGAGUCUCCAAAUAGGUCACGUUUCAGUUUCUCAGUAUUCACUUUCAAAUCACUCCUUUUCUCCUUGGACAGCAGCGGGCUGGACACAGAUUGCUGUGAUGACUGAACCUGAAAUUUAAAAAAAAUAAACUGAGUACAUAACUUCGAGAUAAGCCGCUUUGAUACAACUAAAUAUUUAGACUAUUUACCCCAUUUCGAGGAACUGAAAACUCAUUAGCCAAUCGAGUGAACUCAUCUUCCUCCUGCAAGAAUAGACCGUAAAAGAUGAAGGGGAUAGUGUCUUUAUACCCAGAGUUACAAAAAUUAAAAUGUAUACCUCAACAGCAUUAAUCUUUGAAGAGUAAAGUGCCAGCACUUUAGGGUCGGUGUUCAUUUUUAUAACACUGAAAGUCUGAUUUCCUUUGAAACCCCUUCCCUCUCUUUUAGUAUGCACCUUAAACAAAGCCUUUAUAUCAAUGAGAGAGGUUAUCUCAGAAGGGAAGUAAUGCGGCCCGAAGUUCCUCUGCAAACAUUUAUAGGUUAGUCUCCCAUAUUAGACUAAGGAAAAUAGAACAUAGUACCAACACAUACCCUAGCUAUUUGUUCCUUGAGGGAGGUGGCCGACUUUCCCAGUAAGCAUGAGACCUCCCUAUCCCACAGCAAAAAGGAGGCAUGUGUUGUGCAAUCAACUACCCUCACAUUCACCUUAAACCUGAUUUCGUUAAAGUUUUUGUCUUUAGCAAUAAUCAGGAUAAGUCUUGAAAAAAUUGUGAGUGAGAUGACUAACCGAAGAACAGCGUCAUUUGCAUUGCAAGAGGAACACCAAAAGCCAUCCCCGUUAGUGGAAACCUUCCUGUUACAACUGAUGCAUGAAAUGUAGGACCAAUCUUUGUAGUUGUCAAUACCCACUAUCUCUCCGUAAACCCAAUGCUUCCCUUCCUGUUUAUCAACCAAAAAAGUCGAGUCAAAUAUUAUCUAUAACUGCCUUCAAAUUAUAGUUACAAUACACUUGCCUCCUCAAACUUCAACAGGUCAUCAAUAGUAAUCAAAUCUUGCUGGCCAGUUGCUAUGUCACCAUCGUCUGAGUUGUCCGUAGUAAUUGAAAACCUAAGUCCAUUACUGGACCUUUCAGCCAUCCUGAUUUUAUAUUUUUUUAUAGCAAAUGUUAGAGAUAGAUGUGUUUUUUCUUGGUCACGAAUCACAAUUAUAGAUUAUAGUUUCUACCUUGGCCACCAGGUACAGUACGCCUCAACUCUUUUUUCCUUCUUUCAUUUUGCUUCAUUUUUUGCAAUCCUCUUCAAUCGAUGCUUCUCUCCUAUGUCUCUACUUUCUCUUCCGCCCUUUUUUCGUUUCCAACGCAGGAGAUGUAGGUCUUCCAUGAACGGUGGUCAUACACGAACGAAGGUCAUCCACCAACAGUGCGCCUCAACUCUUUCUCCAUUUUUUCCUUUUUCUUUAUUUUUUAAUUUUUUUUUGUUAUUUAUUUCUUAUUUCGUGAAUAAUACUUUGUAUAUCUUGUCACGUUGAAUUGAUUAUUUUGUGUUAGGGUGAAGAUUUGUAAUGUUUAUUAUUGUAAAUUUAGUCCAAUUAUUCUAUGUCAUUAGUAUGUCCAUAACAUGUUUGUUGAAAUGAUUCAGUGAAUUUUUUUAUAUCAUCUUAUGUGAUCAUUUUUGUUUUAUAACUUUCCAAUUUAAAUUGUGCAUAAUAUUGUUUGUUUGAGUACUUUAUUUUAUUGUUUUGAAUUUGCUAUGUUUAUUUUUGAAGUUUUAGCGUUAAAUGUGAGUGAAAUUAGGGUUUUUAGCAUUGGAAGCAUUGCUUGGAUGCUCUCUUAUCCUCAUGAAGAGUAAAAGAGGGUUGCACUUCUCAUCCUCCAUCUUUGGUGGUUCUAUAGUCCUUUUCAACUUUGAGUUUUAUUUUGGCCUUUUAAUUUUCAUUGGAUACAUUGUAGUUGAACACUUGAUAGUUAUCUGUUAGAUAGAACUCUUUAAAACAUGAUAUAAAUACUUUCAAGUGGCGUGGAUCAUGACUGAAGCUUUUUCUGUCAUGCUAGAUUCACUAAAGUAAAUGGCUUCUAUUUCUAACUAAAAUUCUUCUCAUUUGGGUCGUUUGUUUAACUACUAUGUGUACUUAUCACGAAAGGAUUAUAGUGAUUGAAUAUACUGGAAAUACAGUUCCAAAGUAGAUACAUUUAUUUAGCUCUUGCUGUUAAUUUUUAAAUAAAAUUUGCUUAUAGAAGUUUUAUUUCAUAAUUUUUUGAAACAUUUCUUGCUAGUUCAGAUUGCCUUGAGUUUUGCAAUAUAUAGAUUUUAUAAUCCAAUAUGUUAUCCUGUUAUGAAAUUCAAAUUCUUAUGGAAUUUCACAAUUGACUAUUGCAGUGCACUUUCCUUGGUGUAUACAUGUUGGAAGUUUGUUGAAUGAAGAUUUUUAUGAAUCUGAAGAGGCACAUUUGACUAUGGCAGCCUUGUUUUGUUUGUCAUUAUGGAUUUUGCAUUUUUCGCAAGAUGAUGAAUGCAGUUGACAGAAAUAAAAGAGGCUCUUUUCAAGAAAGAGAGUUUCUUUAGCAAAUUUUAACUAAUAUUUCACUCUUGUAAUUAGUUAUAUUGCAUGUAUAGCUUAUGUUCCUGUAGAGGUGAAAUAAAUGAAUGUACAAUGUGAUUAUGCUAAUGAAGGAUUGAAGUUAUCUUUAUGUAUGUAUUGGCCAC